AUUAUAACAAUACAUAAUAGGAUUUUUUCUUUUUUUUUAGUGAAUUAUUUUAAAAAAUUUUUGCUUUCUCUUGAAUUUCGUCAAAAAAAUUUGAGUUCACUUUGUAAUUUUGUUUAAAUCAUAAGCUUUUGUAAAAAACAUAGAAAGAUAUGGAGAAUCAAUGUCACUCGAGUCGAAAUGAUUCAAAAUUUGACACUACUUAUAUUGUGUCUGAACCACAUCUGUCGUCGACACCCAAAAGACGUCACGUCUCAGACACUUUUCGUGUCAAUCAUGACCCUUACCUUUUGAGUGAUGAAAUUUGCGGUCACUUGAUUUCUGACUGUUGCAAAAACAAUGCGUUAUGUUUAAAUUUUCCACAACAAACUUGCUCAAUUCAUCCUAAAGAAUAUUGUUUCAAUUUUUCUGAAUUAGAUUCCGCGACACAAAUGUUGGAGGAUCUUAAAUCACAAAGAAAAAAGGCAUCCAUAGAGUCUUUUUUAGAUUUGAAAAAGUCUUUACCAUCAACACAAGCAACAUUUUCCACGAUGUGUAGUAAUUCAGCAUCGAGUGAUGACUUAGGAUUAUGGAUUAACUCCCACACAAGCGACACGUCCUCCAAACCCUCCUCUACUAUCUGGCCAUCUUGUGACCUUAUAUCCAUGUCGGAUGCAGAUGACAUGAAUCAUUCUUCUUUUUAUAAAAAUUAUUCUUUUCAAGAAAGAACAAAAAUGAAUGCGUUACAAACACUUGAAUCUCUUUCAAGCGAUACUGAUCCGAUAGUUAUCAGGGAAACAACUGUCAAAGGUCAACCUUGGUCUUCACUCAAUCCACAUUGGAAUGAAUUUUCAGAAUACGAUGUACCCAAUAAUGAUUCACCAUUAAUACAUUCAUUUCUGUAUUCGAAAGAGCAAGAGAAUACUACCUUAUUUGAAAGUUUAGCCUCAAUUCAACCCGUUUCACAGACUCAAGCUAGAAAGGUAUCUUUUUUUGACAAAGAGAGGUGUAAGGAGAAAAAGGCAUUGUUUGGUGUAACAAUACCUAUAGUGGAGAAUUUAAAUGGGUGUUCAAUGAAGAUGCCUUGGUUUGGGAAUACGUAUAAAAAGGAAUUGAAUAGUAAAAACAAUCCUCUCCUGGACAAUGAUUUCUUUUUUAUGGACCGUUAUGAAAAAAAAGCUAUUCCGAGUGAAAAACAAAACACAGACAUGUUCUCAAAAUAUCCUUAUCCACAAAAUGAUACAAAAACUUUAGGUGCUUUCACAGAAACUCCUAAUUCCAAACCAUUCUUUGACUCUCAUGGACAUUUUCCUUCCUCAACAUUCUCGACUCUUGUUAAUACCUCCAAUACUUCAGUAUCUCGUUUACAUAAACAGUCAACAAAGCCACCUUACGUUGGGAGCUGCAAAAAAAGUUUACUCGAUUCAUCACAUACCCUACAAAAAACCAAGGCCAAAAGUUCUUACCGUAAGAAAACUUUAACAUUUCCAGGAGUUUCUUUAGAGAAAGAACCCGUCACGUGUCGAGGAAGAAAAAGUGGUGCGCCUAUUGUUCUUGCACAUCCCGAAGAGUUCAAGAAUCCUAGCAGUUUUUUAAAAGUGUAUGGGGAUCCUUUAUGUAUUCAUUUAAAUGAUGAAAAAACAGUAACAUCAAUUUUGCGAGGAAAAAAUGGUAAUUGGGGAUGCCAAAGAUGUGGUAAUGUCAAUUACCCUCGUCGUUUUCGAUGCAAUAAAUGUAAUGAACUACGAAGUGCAAAGGGAGAUGCUGUUGUCUCUGAGUAUGUCUUGAAUGUAUAUGAACAGCAUGUGAAAUUUUAUCGUCAACUCGCGGCGUAACAACUGGCUGCAUCACAUUUUUUAUAAAUAAGCCUAUUAAGGAAACUUUUUGAGUGUACUUUAUUAAGAGUUUUAGUAUUAAAAAACCAUUUAUAGUUUUUUGUGUUUUUCAAUAGAUAUAGAAUAAGUAAAAAAUUUUUAAUGCCGUGGAAAGAAAAGGUGGUCAUAAAACUUGACUUGUUUGAAUCAACUUACUUCCAUUGUUUUGAUUUUUUAAACAUGUUAACAAAAAAAACCUGGUGCGCGA